AUGGAAAGGGGUAGUGCCUACGCUGUGGGAAGGAGGGACACCAGGCAGCCAAUUGUCGGAAGCCCAAAGCUGAUCCCAAACAUGGAAGAUUGCCUACGAAAUUGCCGCCGGCAGUCCGCAGGGCCACAGCAGCCAGAGGUGAUGUUGACAGUACAACCUAUUUCUAUCUGUAGUGAGAGUUGUUAUCCAGGUUUCAGCAAGAAAGUGAAGGAAGGGGAGCCAUUUUGCUGCUAUGAUUGCAUCCCAUGUGCAGAAGGGACAAUUUCAACUAUGAAAGACAGAAAUGAAUGUUUUAGAUGCAAAGAUGGCUACUAUCCCAACACAAGACAGGAUUUCUGUGUUCCCAAAAUUGUCAGUUUCUUGUCUUACAAAGAACCUUUAGGGUUCAGUUUAGCCUGUCUCGCACAUUCUUUUUCUCUGGUCACAGUUCUUGUACUAGGAGUAUUUGUGAGACACCACAACACUCCCAUUGUCAUAGCCAACAACCGGGAUCUGACCUACAUUCUCCUCAUCUCCCUCCUGCUCUGCUUCCUUUUGGCACUGCUGUUCAUUGGCCAGCCAGGAAAAGUCACCUGUCUUUUGCAACAAACAACUUUUGGCAUAGUCUUCUCAGUGGCUGUUUCUUCUAUCUUGGCAAAAACCAUCACAGUGAUUCUAGCAUUUAUGGCCACCAAACCAGGUUCCAGAAUGAGGAAGUGGGUGGGGAAGAAAUUAACCAAUUCCAUUGUUGUUUCCUGCUCUCUGAUCCAAGCAAGCAUCUGUACAUUGUGGCUGGCAAUGGACCCCCCAUUCCCAGAUGUUGAUAUGACCUCAGUGGCUGAAGAAAUUAUCCUGCAAUGCAACGAAGGCUCUGUGACCAUGUUUUAUUGUGUCCUUGGCUAUAUGGGUUUCCUGGCUCUUAUCAGCUUCACCACAGCCUUUCUUGCUAGGAAGUUACCUGACAGUUUCAAUGAAGCCAAGUUCAUCACCUUCAGCAUGUUGGUCUUUUGCAGUGUUUGGUCAUCCUUUGUCCCAGCAUACCUGAGCUCCAAGGGGAAAUACAUGGUGGCUGUGGAGAUCUUCUCUAUCUUAGCCUCUGGUGCUGGGCUCCUGGGUUGCAUCUUUUCUCCAAAAUGUUAUGUCAUUUUGUUGCGGCCAGAGUUGAAUAACAGGGAACAACUAAUUAGAAGAAAGGAAUGCUAA